AAGUAUGUAAAUCUGAGCCGUUUCUGAACAGAGGUGCGCAUUACGCUUACGGGCCAUGGCUGCCACGAGCUUGGCCUCCCAGACUGUUCUAAGAAGAGCAGUUCAAGCAUUCGUAGUUCCUCGCUUCAUCAGCAACAACAAUCUCUCUCACUGUUCAACCCUUCAAUCUUUUCCUCUUCCGAAGCUUCUGAGCUCUUCAGGUUUAGGUAUGUGUCACUUGGCACAAGCUGUCAAAGGUGAAGUUGAUGUUUCACUCAAAGGAGUUGGAGACAAGAGUAUCACUGAAGCUGUCAAGCAAAUUGUCGAAAAGGCAAAUCGGGCAUCAUUUAGAAGAGAAGUUAUCCAUACAGACUUCAUCACUCCACCUGUACUGAAGGAGUCAAUGCUAAUAUUGGCAAAAUUAGUUGAUGUCAAAGCAAUUGCUCAGGGAGGAUACCCACAGGCUGAGCGCCAUCGCCUUUCUGUUGGACAUUCAGAAGUUCUGACAGAUGCGCUAGAUAUAGUUGCAGCAAUGAGUAUCACAGGAAACUUUGGGUUUCAACCCUGUUCUCAUGGUGACUUCCUUGGCUCAAUUCUUGGUACAGGGAUUGCUAGGGAGAAGCUGGGGGAUAUUGUUGUGCUGGGAGAAAAGGGUGCUCAAGUCCUUAUUGUUCCGGAGCUUGUUGACUUUCUCACAACAUCAUUGGACAAGGUUGGUAAUGUUCCAGUCUCCUGCAAAAAGAUACCAUUGCUUGCUCUUGAAUAUGAACCACCAAGGACCAAGUCUUUCAAAACUGUGGAAUCAUCACUGAGGGUUGAUGCUAUAGCCAGUGCAGGAUUUAAAAUUUCUAGAACUAAAUUGGCUGAUUUGAUCAGUAAUGGGGAUGUGCGCGUCAACUGGACCACUGUGACGAAAAAUAAUACCACCGUCAAGGCUGGAGACAUCAUCUCAGUUAGCAGUAAAGGAAGAUUGCAGAUUGGAGAAAUAAAUUCAACGAGGAGAGGGAAGUUUGCGAUCGAGCUCAUUCGAUAUUUGUAAACGUUGGCACAAGGCACCGUGUAUGGCCAUUUUCACGGGUUGCUCCUGCAUUACCUGUUUCUUUUCCCUCUGAAGUGAAUGAAGACUCUUUUCUUCAUAGGAGCCAAGUUGGCUUUUGUACUAGUUUAGAGCGUAAGUUGCAAAAAACCCAAUGAAUAGAAGUGCUACUAGUUAACUGGAAUGUGAUGUGAAGAGAUACCUACGAAUUGUCUUGUAAAUUAUAACUUUUCCCCAUCAAAUAUCAGCAGCAUACUUUUCUUGAUAAUCAAACAUUGUCUCAAUCAUG